AUGGCUUCAGCUUGCCACAGUUGGAUUUCACUGGAUAUCGUAUCUUGGAGCGCAGCCAUUAGUGCCUGUGAGAAAGCAGGUCAAUGGCUGCAGGCCCUCUCCUUAUUUCGGAUGGUUCAGGCAAGUUUGAGCCCCAACUCGAGCCCCAACUCCUUCACACAUUCUGCAAUUCUCAGCUCGUGUGAGAAGGCUUCACGAUGGCAGCAGGCUAGCCAACUCCUGAAUUUGCAGAAGUUUUCGCUUGGGCGAUUCGAGACACUUCACUGCAACUCCGUUCUCAGCUCUUGCAGGACUAGUGGCUCAUGGAAAGUUGCCCUUGAGUUCCUCCAGGAUCUGAGCAAUCUCUCUGGCCUGAGAGCGAACAGCAUCUCCUUUAAUUCAGUUCUCCGGUCACUGCUAUCCGACGAAGGCUUGAAUCGUUGGCAAGAUGGCCAGCUUCUUUUGCAACGACUUCUUGCUGAAAGCAUGCAGGCGUCUGUCAUCACUGGGAACACGCUGAUGUCUUUGUACGACAAAGCAAAAAAGUGGAGCCAUGCGCAAGAUCUUCUUGCUCACCAGCUCUCCUUCUACGGCCUGCCGGUGGAUAUCAUGGCAUGCAAUGGAGCACUGAGUGCCUUCGAGAAGGGUAGUCAGUGGACCCGGGCGCAACGGCAGCUGACGUGCAUGUUGAAAUGUGGUCCCCAACCUGAGAUUGUGACCCUUGGCGGAUCCAUUGCUGCCUUGGGUGCUGCCCAGCUUUGGGAGCACUCCCUGUUGCGCUUCGGUAGCAUGAGUGAAUUCAGAUUGAAGGCCAAUAGCGUAACGUUCGGUGCGGUACUAAAUGCCUGCGACAGAGGGCAGAGCUGGAAAGCUGCAUUGGCUUUGGUACUUGCUGCGAGGCGCGAUACCGCAGAACUAGGUGCUGUGGAGUUUAACUCUGCGAUCACGGCUUGCAGCUCCAGCCACGUGACGGAUCAUGCGCUCGCAUGUGCCCGAGAGAUGCUGAUUCGCAGGAUUAUGCCGGACCGCGUUACCUGCAAUGCUUUGCUCGCACUGUACGGACGCGCUGGCAUGUGGAACGAGGCUAUCGGCCUGUUGCGGCAGACGACGCUUGUGCCGGGUCUGACGUUGCCGCCGCUCGCACCAGACGUGCUGAGCUACAGCGCGGCUCUUGCUGCGUGCGCGAAGGGCUGUCGGCCAUAUGAAGCAGAAGGUCUUCUGACGACCGCGAAGUCUUCGCGCAUAGCCUUGGACUUGCCAGCAAUCAGCAAUGCAGUAUCUUCCUUUAGGCAGGCUAGCCUCUGGCAGCAAGCUUUGGGCUUGGCGCUGGCCAUGGACUCCAUGGAUGCAGUUCUGUUGGAGUUGGCUUCGGGCGCAGCGGAAGUUGGAGGUUGUCCCACUUCCGCCGUCGAGCUCCUGCAUGCGGCGGCUUCGACCGCCCAUCUCGGGAUUCGGGGUGCUAGCAGUAGCUGCUAG